AUGCGGGUGCGGCUGUUGUUCGCGGCUGGGGCGGACGUGGGGGCGAGGGACGGGGGCGGGUUGACCGCCCUGCACUGGGCUGCAGAGAGAGGCCACGCGGCUGUGGUGCAGCUGCUGCUGCUGCUCUCUGCGGCGUCCGACCCCAACGCCAGGGAUCAGCGGGGUCGGACGCCGCUGCACUGGGCGGCGUGGUGGGGCCACGCAGAAGCGGCGGCUGCGUUGCUGCAAGCCGGAGCCGACAGGGGGGCGGCGGAUGAGUUAGGGAGGACCCCCCUGGACAUCGCCAGGCUGUGCAACCAUCAGCAGCUCGUUGAGAUGCUAACAGAGCGUUAA